AUGACGCCAAACAUGGCCUAUCGCAUCAUCUCCAGCCUCUCGAGGCCGUUCAAACCCACAUGUGGUGUUUCGAAGACCGAUUUUUUCCGCAACAGCGCCAGAGGAUAUGUCCACUUUUCGCGCACGCAGACUCAUGACUUCGAGCUGCCGAUAGACACGAUGCCGAAGGAUAUAGACGCGCUGAUGAAGACGGACCCGAAGAAAAUGGACUACUUCGGUAGUUAUUGGUACUGGAGGAUCAGGGGAGAAUCCACGCUGAUGGACGCCGACUCCCUGCCGAAGAAGUCGUACAAGCAGCUGGCGGUAGACCUCGGCAUGCAGGUCGUUAACGAGCCCUCUGAGCACAUGCUCGGCCUGCUCGAGCUCUACGAAUACCUGAAGACCUCCCCCUUCGUCGGCCCGUUCGGUACAAUAAAGAACCCCGUGCUAGUGCCGAGCGUGCUCACCGAAAGGGUUGUCGGCUGCACUGGUGGAGCCGGCGAGCACGAGCAUGUGCCACUGUGGUUCCGUUGCCGCGAGGGUUUCCUAUACCGUUGCGGAGAGUGCGACCAGAUUUUCAUGCUCGUAAGAGUGCUUUACUCACUGCCGGACGGAGAAGAUCCCUUCCCGGUUGACCCGGACAUCGACGAUGUAUUCAACAAGGACGUGCUGGCCAAGGGGCACCUCAAGUGGAACUCGGGAGAGUACCUGCGCUGGCCGGUGGGCAACGCCACCUACAAACAGCUGUUCCUACAGGGCAAAUGGGGGAAUCCAGUGCCAGAAAUUACAGCGUCUAAUGACGGCAAUGCUGACCCGAACCGGCUCUCCGAAUUCAGGCCGCAGUAA